UCUUUUUUCCAUUUCCUUUUCCUUUUUCUCUUUCUUUUUUUGGCAAGCCAAAAGCGCGUCCAUGCGGUCGAUGCUUCGGCGCGUGUAAGGCUUGCGGUGUCGGACCCCUCGCUGGUGGCUCUGCCCUGCUCUUUUACUUGUGGCCGUCGUAACUGCAGACUUUGGCGGUUAAUUUCGCGUUCAUCCGUUCGUAAUAAAGGGCAGUAGAAGAUAAAGACCCUUCAGCGUGGAAGAGCUGCCGCUGAGUAACUCCAGGAGCUGUGGGGGCAUAGACGGUUUUGGCUGUGUCUGCAGCGUGUUGCUCAGCACGCCAGCUCUUCUCGUAAAGAGGCAGUAACUCGGCAACUAGUGUCACUUCCACCAUGAAAAGUCUUCUGCUGGCUCACCCGCAUCUAAAUUUGUAACCUCGGGCAGGAAUAUGAGCGAGUUCCGCAUCCACCACGAUGUCAACGAGCUGCUCAGCCUGCUGCGUGUUCAUGGAGGGGAAGGAGCCGAAGUGUACAUCGAUCUUCUACAGAAGAACCGCACGCCGUAUGUUACCACCACUGUCUCUGCACACAGUGCUAAGGUUAAAAUAGCAGAAUUUUCUCGAACACCUGAAGAUUUUUUAAAGAAGUACGAUGAGCUGAAGUCUAAAAAUACAAGACAUCUAGAUUCUUUAGUAUAUCUACUGUCAAAGCUCACAGAAGAUAAAGAGACACUCCAGUAUUUGCAACAAAAUGCUAAAGAAAGAGGAGAACUUGCAGCAAAUGCAGCACCCAGUGGCAGCACAAAUUUUUCCAUUUCCUCAUCUACUUCCAAGAUAUCUCUACAGGAGCUUGAGGAGCUACGCAAGCAGCUAGGCAGUGUCACAGCCAACUCCAGUGUACAGCAGCCUCUUGAGCUUACACGAAAAGUGCUCCGAGAUAAGCAAAACAAGAAGAAUUCAGGUCAGCCUGUUCCAGUAUUUCCAUCCUGGGUAUAUGAGAGACCUGCACUUAUUGGUGACUUCUUAAUUGGCACCAGUUUAAGCACUGACACAACGGUACCUAUAGGUACUUUGCCAUUAGCCUCUCAAGAAUCUGUGAUUGUGGAGGACUUGCUAUAUGUUUUGAUUGGUGUGGAUGGAAGAUACAUCACAGCACAGCCUCUCGUAGGCAGGCAGAACCGAACAUUUUCGGUUGAUCCAAACUUGGACUUGUCCAUCAAAGAGCUGGUGACCAGGAUUCUUCCCGUAGCAGCAAGUUACUCUGCUGUCACCAGGUUUAUAGAGGAGAAGUCUUCCUUUGAGUAUGGACAGGUAAAUCAUGCUCUGGCUGCUGCUAUGCGUACUCUGAUCAAGGAAUACAUGAUACUAAUUACACAGCUGGAACAUCUUCAGAGACAGGGACUUCUGUCACUGCAGAAACUCUGGUUUUAUAUCCAGCCCACAAUGAGGACUCUAGAGAUUCUUGCUUCACUUGCUACUUCUGUGGAUAAAGGUGAGUGUAUGGGAGGAUCAACCCUGAGCUUACUCCAUGAUAAGACUUUCAACUACACGGGAGACAGCCAGGCCCAGGAACUGUGUCUGUAUUUAACCAAGGCAGCCAGUGUGCCCUAUUUUGAAAUUCUGGAAAAGUGGAUAUAUCGAGGCAUCAUUAAUGAUCCAUACAGUGAGUUCAUGGUGGAGGAACACGAGUUGCAGAAGGAGAAGAUUCAGGAGGACUAUAAUGACAAGUAUUGGGAUCAAAGAUAUACUGUUGUACAGCAACAGAUUCCAUCAUUCUUACAGAAAAUGGCUGACAAAAUACUAAGCACAGGAAAAUACUUGAAUGUUGUGCGAGAAUGUGGACGUGAUGUUACCUGCCCUGUGGCUAAAGAGGUCAUCUAUACUUUAAAAGAGCGAGCGUAUGUGGAACAAAUAGAAAAAGCAUACAACUAUGCUAGCAAAGUUCUUCUGGAUUUCCUAAUGGAGGAGAAAGAGCUGGUGGCUCACCUGAGAUCUAUAAAACACUAUUUCCUAAUGGAUCAAGGGGACUUUUUUGUUCACUUUAUGGAUCUCACAGAAGAGGAGCUUAAGAAGCCUGUAGAUGACAUCAUAACUACUAGGCUAGAAGCUUUGCUUGAAUUAGCCUUGCGAAUGAGCACAGCCAACACAGAUCCUUUCAAGGACGAUUUAAAGAUUGACUUGAUGCCCCAUGACCUCAUUACGCAGCUCUUGAGGGUAUUGGCCAUAGAAACAAAACAGGAAAAGGCCAUUAUUAGUGCAGAUCCCACAGAGCUCACUCUCAGCGGUCUGGAAGCAUUUUCCUUUGACUACAUCGUUAAAUGGCCUCUGUCCCUUAUUAUAAACAGGAAAGCACUGACAAGAUACCAGAUGCUUUUCAGACACAUGUUCUAUUGCAAACAUGUGGAAAGACAAUUGUGCAACGUUUGGAUCAGCAAUAAGACAGCCAAGCAGUUCUCCCUACAUUCAGCUAAGUGGUUUGCUGGUGCUUUCACACUGCGGCAGCGGAUGCUGAAUUUUGUACAGAAUAUCCAGUAUUACAUGAUGUUUGAAGUGAUGGAGCCAACAUGGCACAUUCUUGAGAAGAACUUGAAACUGGCUUCUAAUAUUGAUGAUGUCUUGAGCCAUCAUACGAGCUUCCUGGAUAACUGCCUGAAGGACUGCAUGCUAACCAAUCCAGAGCUGCUGAAGAUCUUCUCCAAGCUGAUGUCUGUCUGUGUCAUGUUCACAAACUGCAUGCAGAGGUUCACCCAGAGCAUGAAGCUGGAUAAUGAGAUGGACCGGCUCACCUUAGAACACGGCACAAUGCUGGGCCCACCAACAGAGGAGGAGCGUGCUGAAGAGACUGCAAAGAAGAAGCUGACUAACAAGCUUUUAGCAGAGCAUGCUGACAACUUCCACCUGACAUCUGGCUUCGAAGCAACAAUCAACAAGUUUGAUACUAAUUUCUCUACGCAUCUGCUGGACCUGUUGGACAAGCUGAGUGUUUAUAGCACCAAUGACUGUGAGCAUAGCAUGCUCAACAUCAUCUACAGGUUGGACUUCAAUGGGUUCUACACAGAGCGUCUGGAGCACAUGUCUGCUGAGCGGAGCCAGAAGACAGCUCCCCUGCUUCCCCACACAGCCAUAGCUGCCCAGUGAAGCCCUGCCGCUGCCCACUGCAGCUGCCGUCUCUUCUGCACCAGCAGAGAACAGGACACUCAAUCACUUCCAGCCCUCUACACUCACUGUGAGCUGGAAACAAACCACAAGGGUUAUCGCAGAGAGACAGGGGAAUAUAGGAUCUUCUGGAUUGUAUGUGUUGGGUUUUGCCUUCUGAGGCUUUUAAGUCCCUUUUUUUUUAAACUGCAUUGUAAAAUGAUGUAUUCGUGUGUUGUAAAAUAAAAAAUAAAUCAGGAUUAUUUUGUCUGUUAACAG